AUGUCUCUUCCACCUCUUGCCGACAUCCCGCCGUCGACCAUCCGACUCAGCAUCGCUCCGGAGGAGUGGGAAGCCUGUCUAGCGAGCUGGUUGACACUGACUGGACUAUAUCUAGGGACACCCACAAAUAACAAACUCCCGGGAUCGAUCAAUCCAUAUCUGAAGUCGUUCUACUGUGAGAGCGCACGAGCCGGGCCCACAGACGAUACUCUUCGGUCGCCUAUAGCACUGAGGCUACGUAAAGCGAGCUUUAUGUUGGUAAAGCAGGUUUUGGAUGACCCAAAGACUAGCCCAGAGCUGUUGGAUUUCGACUUCAUUGCGAACUUCAGCCGCAUACAUGCUCGGAAUGCUUCGUUGCCUGCUCUCCUGAAAGGACUUUGGCAGCGUCAGGACGCGACGUUUCAAAAGUCAUUCCAGAAGCGAAAAUCUUCCCUCCUCAAAGGCCUUGGUUCCACAUCCGCUCAAGGCACCUUGGAUGGACUCAGGCAGGUGGCGGACGUGAUGCGUGCUUCGCCCGAAGUAGCCGUUCUGUUCAUGACAGGAUCGGAUUUCGUGGACUCGUUAGCUUCACAUUACCAGCGAUCAGGCACUGUCGAUCAAAGAAAGGCUCUAGUUGCUACUGCAUACUUUGGGUUGCUUGGUCUCGUCAAGGUUGAGCCUCCCAACAUGUCGAUGCUAUCGGAUCACCUCUACAGCCUCAAAGCACAAGCGGACAGCACGAAGAAACAAACUAGUUUAUUGGCAGAUCUGGUGACCAACACUGCAUUGACAAAGAAGCUGCGUAGUUCUGUUGGCGCCACGUCUGCGGCUAGACUGCACAGUCUUCUCGACACAAUCGACACAUAUCAGACCCAAAGCAUAGCGCAACCACGAAAGCGUGUUCGACGGACCAAGGGCAAAGGCAAAGCAUCCCAAUCAAACGGCGAGAUGCACAUGCAUCGCCUGAGCCUUGUCACUCAAAUCCAGGAUCUCUUCCCGGAUCUCGGCUCUGGUUUCGUCCUGAAGCUCCUUGAUGAGUACAACGACGACGUUGAGCAGGUCACAGCUCAUCUGCUGGACGACUCACUACCAUCACAUCUACAUAAUGCAGACAGAACAGAGCAAGCGCCAGUCUUUGACAAAACCGAGCAAUCGAAGAUCGAAGACCUGGCACCAAGCUCAACACCACCUCUCCAGCCCUUCAUUCCCGAACGCCGCAACGUCUUCGAUGACGAUGAGCUAGACCGCCUCGAGAUGGACACGAGCAGACUUCACCUUGGCAAGAAGAACCAAACUCAAUCCUCCGACAACCCCAACAAAGCAGCCAUCCUCUCCGCCCUCGCCGCUUUCGACUCAGACGAGGACGAGCGAGACGACACCUACGACGUAGAAGACGUCGGCGGUACAGUCGACACGGCCCACCCAGACGGCGAGCCCGGCCCAUCUGCGAAGGUCACGCAGGAGGAGAACGACAUGGCGCUCUUCGCCGCCUACAAAUCCUCACCACAGCUCUUCGGUCGCACCUUCGACAUCCGCAGAGGCCAAGCACGACAAGCUCUGAAAGCAGAAACAGGGAUGUCAGACGAGCAGAUCGAAGGCUGGGCGACGAUGCUGCAACGCGACCCGCGGCGGCUGAAGCGACUGGAAGGUCAGUUCGGGGCAUUCGAUGGCAAGCAAGCGCAUCUGGCACGGACGUCGUACCGGGAGAGUCCUGGCGGGACAGAGACGGAGGACUCGGACGUGCCAGCAGAGAGAGGAGGCUUUGGCGGCACAGGCAGAGGGCGAGGCAGAGGUGGGAGAGGGAGGGGCGGGAGCGUGGCUGGACCGUCGAGUGAUCCGAACACGGCGAACGCGCAGCGGAGGAAGGAGGCGAGUAAAGGGUCGAGGGCUAAUCAUAAUCGGAGGGAUCAGAGGGCCAAGAAGAUGGCGAGGGGAGGGUUUCCUGGGUGA